CCAGGACAAGUCCUUCACAACAAUAAAAUGUGUUGGUGAUUUUUCAUCUUGUGAUGUGCUCGUGAUUUGACUGCUGACGUCACGUCACAACACGUGACAAGGCGGCGUCAAGAACCAGGAAGCAGCAGCCUGGCAAGUCAUCACUGCUGUGAAGUUGCCUAUCAUGUCCUACCAGGCUGGGUAUCCUGAGGAGCCCAAUGCUUUGGUCCAAAAUAUCAGCUCCAACAUCCAGAGGCUCACUUUGCUCACCUCUGAGCUGCAGAGGGCCCUGUCGCUUUUGGGAACAGAGAAUGACGGGGGCCAGUUGCAUCAGACGCUGCAACAGAACCAGCAACAAGGUAACCAGCUGGCCAAGGACACCGACCGACUCAUCAAGACCUUCAGCGCGCUUCCUGUGGGCGUUGACCAGCGGCAGAGAAAAAUUCAAAAAGAUCGUCUUUUGAACGACUUCUCUGCGGCGCUGAACAACUUCCAGAGGACUCAACGGGAUGCGGCUGACAAAGAGCGAGAGUUUGUGGCUCGCGUCAGAGCCAGCUCCAGGGUGUCGGGAGGCCAGCCUGAUGCCCAAUAUGGAAAUGUGACCCCCUUCUCAAGCGAUGUCACGAUUCAGGAUCAGGCCGAGGCGGUCACUGAGGACGACCUCAGGCUGAUCCAGGAGAGAGAGUCCGCCAUUAGGCAGCUGGAGUCGGACAUCACAGACAUCAAUGACAUCUUCAAGGACCUGGGGAUGAUGGUCCACGAACAGGGCGACAUGAUCGACAGCAUAGAAGCCAACGUGGAGAGUGCAGAUGUGAACGUCCAGAGUGCCACGCAGCAGCUGGCACGUGCUGCCGACUAUCAGCGGAGCUCUCGGAAGAAGAUGUGCAUCCUGAUUAUAGUGUUGAUCAUUGUCGUAGUCGUUAUUGGACUCAUCAUCUGGGGCUCGGUCCGUCAGUGAGCGACUCACUUCCCCUUCAAAAGUGACAUUUAUUCUCUGCUAAGGCACACUCUUUCACAAGACUCUUGGAUUUGACAUAAUGUAAUGGUCAAAGAUUCUAUAUGUGGACAAUCCUUAUAAGUGCAAAAGAGGUCCGUUGCCAUGUACUUAUUAGUUAUUAUGUUAAUGUUGAAAUUGUUUAAAAUGGGUGUUUGGAUUAGAAAUUAGGCACAUUUUUAACAAUGAAGCUUUGAUGAGCUUUUGUAUUAUACACUCCACUAUCAGACCACAUAGUUAUUUGGUAGCAUUUAAACUCACCAUAAACAAUAGAUAGACUUAAUAACGCACAAUUUGCAGAAAGUUUGACUAUUUUUGAGUUAAAAAAGAAUAUCAUUUAAAAGAAGCUUGACAUACCUCACAGGAAGAUGUCACUUUUUUACCAGUACUGCCUUUUCUAGCUCGGUGAUAUGAAGUAAGCUAAAACCAGAUAAGCACCCAGAAAAUAUUGAGUGAACACAUGCACUAUUGAUAUUUUUUUUUUAACUAAAACUUUGCUGACUCCUGUGUACUAACAUCAUGAAAAUUAAAAGAAACUACCAUAGCAAAGUGAGAA